AUGAAUUUAAACUAUCUGGACAGAGAAGCGGAUAACGCGGUUGAAGGCAACAGAAACGAAACAGAAACGACGCAAGACAAUCUCCAAAACGGGAAUGGUUGUGCCUAUGAUUCUGCAAAACCAACAAGCCCAGAACGGAAUCAGAAUAGAAGCUGCGAUACAGCGGAGAGAGCGUAUGGAAAAGUCGCUUUCUACCCAGUGGCGAGUACUACGCAAUGUGGUCAACGAUUUCGCACUUGGCAAGAUUGUUCGGGAUCUCAGCCGUCUGAUCCGAACUCAUGGUGCACCAAGGAAGAGCUGGUGGCUGCUUCGGGUGAUGGUCUGCACAACAGCAUUGACGGUCGCGGUUUACGAGAGUUGGUCACUGGCCUUUUUCUAAUCGAUGGCUGGUAUUUCCAGGACGAGUGCUUCCUCAGAUAUUUAUCCGCGGUAUCCAGCUCCGAUGCAACUUGCUCAGAACGAGAGUUAGAAGCGCUCAGCAUGGUCAUUGUGUCUAGGCGACCUUCUGACGUGGAAACUGUAGCCAACCGGAGAGUUUGGUGCAUAUUUUGCAAUCCUGCUGGAUCACGCAUGACCCCAGAUGUGCUUGUCAUAAUCGGGUUGCAAGGGAACUUGCUAAACGUCUCCGUCGACUGGGGUACACCGUCUUCGAGGAGUUGA